UGUUAAUAGCUCCACUAAUUUGGGCAUAACCAGCCCCACACCAUGACAACCCGGUGGCUUCAUGUUUGCUGUUCAUUAUCCCGAUCUUCUUGCUAUAAUAUGGUCCGUGAUUUGAACCAAAACUCCAAAGUUUGGAUUCUUUACUCCCUCAAACCGCUCUUCUGACCGUACGUCCACGUCUUCAGUCAUUUAGCAUAUCUCUGCCCUUUCUCUGUUUCCCUUCCUAAAGCGCGGCUUCUUGACAGCCAUCCAGCCAUAUUGCAGACACUACAUUUCCCAUCAUGCAUUGCGCACAUGCAGCGUAGGUGUUUCCGGUGUCUUAUAACAUUUCACUUCCUUCCACACAGACCGACGCGAACAAAUCGAAAAAGGAGACGUUGCUAAGUUUAAAGUGUUUCCGCCAGUAGUCGCUUUUAAAAGCGAGUUUUUAUUUGAUUUGUAUCGGGUGGGCCGCAGAAUGCGGUCCGUGGUGUGCAAGGCCUGAAGAAUCGUUGACAAACGCGGACCCUAACGUGUAGGCCUCCGAAGAAAGUUUGGUCGAGGGCCUGUAAACAACAUGUCCUCCGCCUCGCAGCCUUCAUCGAGACGGCAGUGGUGCUACCUCUGCGAUCUGCCCAAGAUGCCGUGGGCCAUGCUGUGGGAGUUCAGCGAAGCAGUGUGCCGGGGAUGUGUGAACUACGACGGGGCUGAUCGAAUAGAGCUCCUCAUAGAAACAGCCAGGCAGCUGAAGAGCACGCACGGAGUUUUAGACGGCAGGUCUCCGGGUCCACAGCAGGGCAAACCCAGCUCGGUUGGGCCCGUUGAAGCGGGGCGGCAACACGGUGAGCGUGUAGACAGGGGGAGGGGGGAGUAUGGGGUGUCCUCUCGCCUCCCCAACGGGCUGCACAGAGCUGAAGACGCGGCUUUGUCAGAGGGCAGCCGUCAGAGCCCAAACACCCGCCGGGCUGUAGCCGGUGCAGUCCCCAGUCUGCACGGAACCAUAUCACAUGCCUUGAUAGCUCAGGGGCUAGUAGCAGCCCCACAUGGGCUUUUAGCCCCGUUAUCAGGUGCCAGAGCGGGGGCCACACCUAUUGCGGUCUCAGCUGGCCCCAUAAUAGGUGAUGCUGGCAGAAGGCAGGCUGUGUCUCUGGGUGUGGGAGCUAGCACCUCAGCCCUUGUGGGUAUAGAUCCCGCGAUGUGGAGGAACAGUGAAAUGAUGGCUGAACUGAAUGAGGUGGCUCGUAGCAGGAUGGAGGGAUGGCCGAACCGUCCCAAAGUAGUCCGAGAUGUGCUUAUAGCUCUCAGCAGCUGCAUCCCCUUUAAUGUGCGUUUCAGGAAAGACCAUAACAUGAUGGGUCGUAUUCUGGCCUUUGAUGCCAGCACAACUUCAGAGAUUGAGCUGAAGGUGUUUGUGGAGUAUCCUGCUGGCUCUGGAAUAAUCUUUUCAGGAAUCCCAGACCUGGUCAGGCAGAUGUUCAGAGAUUCAGCCAAAGAUGCAGGCAAAGCGGUGAACUCUGGGCUGCGCUAUGUGGAGUAUGAGAAGAGGCAAGGCACAGGAGACUGGCGUGGGCUGUCUGAGCUCCUGAAUGAUGGUGUGCGACUGUUUAAAGAGCCCCCUAUCCCCGAGGUUCUGCCACAGCCAGAUACAGUGCUGCCUUUGGCAGCUGCUGGGCGCCCUGGUCCAGCAAAGGGCACUACUAGGCGCCGCAAGGCUUCUCCAGGUUCAGAGAAUGGAGAGAACGAAGGGAGGCCUGAUCAUACAACAAGGGAGCCCUGGUCUCGUGGUGCUUAUACAGGUAUCGAUCCCCUUUCGGGCAUGGCAGCCCCUCAAGAAGGCCCACCACGUCUACACAGCCAACCGUCACCCAUCUCGGCACUCAUGGGAGUCGCAGAUAGUCUGAGCUCCAGUCAGAUGGCCAGGGAGAGUCCCAGCAUGUCUACAGCCCACCCCUCCACAACUGGCCGCUCCACCAGCAGCAGCCCAUCCACUGCCUCUGCCUCCGUCUCCCAGGCAACCAUGGGGCAGGGUUUGAGUGCCGUGGGGCCGAGCAGCAACACCAGUGCCGGGGAGUCUACGAGCAGCACGCAGGGCGCCCUCCUCUGUUGCACCCUCUGCAGAGAGCGUCUGGAGGACACACACUUUGUCCAGUGUCCCUCUGUCCCCCACCAUAAGUUCUGUUUCCCCUGUACCCGAGGAUUCAUCCGCAGCCAGGGUCAAGGAGGGGAGGUGUACUGCCCCAGUGGAGAGCGCUGCCCCCUGGCAGGAUCCACCGUGCCUUGGGCCUUCAUGCAGGGAGAAAUCUCAACCAUCCUGGCCGGAGAUGGAGAUGUGACAGUAAAGAAGGAGAGCGAUCCUUGACGUCUCUGUCCUGCUGUGGUGAACGUGGAUCAAACUCUUUGAAAGCACUUCCCAGUUAUCUCAAGCAGAGGUCCACGUUGGCUGCAUUUCAUCCUGUGUGCCUCCAGAGGAGAGAAACUGAACCCCAGGAGGACGCCUCCACAACGACCAGUUACUAAAGACACGAGGCGCUCGGGGAGGGGCCGCCUGUGUCGGGGCUUUGUCCAGCACGGCCGAGGCCUCGUUUGAAAAAGCCGGGGGUUGAAAGCACACGUUGGUCUGUUCGACAAUCUGAUUUGUCUUUAUUUACAUUUUCUGUUUUUGGUAUACGUGUUGCAUUUUCUUCUAUCCAGACACAAGACAGCGAUAUUGAUUGAUAACGAGACAAAAUCAUGCAAUUUUUUUGAAAAACAAAUGUUCCCAAAAAACCCCAAACAUUUGGUCCUUAAUGCCAUGGCCCCCCAGCGUCUCUUAGGUAUUCUUGUAUGUCAAAAAUGUGAAUUUACUUUCAACAUGACGAUGUAAUUUCUAUUUUUGAUACAAUACAAAUUUCUAUGUAUUUGUUUAUAGUGAUAAGAAGACCAAAGAUGGCUUCAUGCUCAUUGUAUUUUACUGUAUCGUAGCGGUGUAUGCUCUAUUUACUGAUAACCCUGGCAUCAGUCACGAAUUAGUCCACUUAUCACACAUGUAAGCUUGUUUUGUCCAUUUACUUUUUGAUCUAUAUGUAUGGUAAGAUAAUUAGCACCACAAUCUUUAAUGGUUAACCCACAUAUGUGAUCCUAACAGGUCAGUUCUACAAUAAAUACCUGAAUAGUU